AUGGUGAUUCUGGUGGAGACUACGAUGGAGGCUUUGGCGAUGUUGACGAUAGUUACCUACCGGGCUCAUCUGGACAGGGACCUUUUCUCAGACCCACCAGGCAGCCGUGAACAGGACACUCGGGACAGUAGAGCCCGAGAAGUCCAGCAGGCAGCAGCAGAUCGAUGGCGCAACGCAUUUAAGGAGGUAGCCAGCAUAUGCGGGGUGCACACCGCAAAUCGUGAUCCUGAUGUGCAUACUGUUCUGGAGACUGUGCGGCGAAUCAAGGCGUCGGAAUCAAGCGCCCAGGAGGAGCUCCGGCAGCUCCGCCGCCGCGAUGCUGCCCUGCAGAUGCAGCUGGCCGACCGAAAUUUAGAGGCGCUGGAGCUGCGGCGGGAGCUGGCGGCUGCCGCUUCCGCCGCCGACCCUUCCGUAGUGCAGCUCAAGCAGCUGAUGUUAGACCCAGCGGUGGCGCGUGAAUUCGCGCGGCUGCGGUCGGAGCUGGAGGGUGCGCAGGCAGAGCUGGCGACGGCACGUGAGGAGCUUGCGGCAGUUACCUUCACGCAGGAGAGCAAGGUCGGACGGCAACUCAUGGCAAAGUGCCGCAGCUUGCAGGAGGAGAACGAGGAGAUGGGGCGCGAGCUGGCGGAGGGUAAGGCCCAUCUGGCUGAGGCAGCUGCAGCGCUGGCCAGAAGCCAGGCGGACGACUUGCGAUCGGCGUAUCAGGAGCUGGAGGACCACUGCCUGGUAAUGGAGGACGAGGCGGAAGAACUGCAGCGAGAGAUCUUCGCGCUGCGAGCCCGGGUCAUGGAGCUUGAGCGCGAUGCAGGACUGCCUCUCAGCAUACCGGGGGGCGCGGGUGGCCUUGGCAUGGGGCCGGGCCUGGGUGGCAUGGGGCCCAUGGGUCCAGGGGGCUUUGGUGGACGGCGGGCAUUUGACAUGGGGCCGGGUGGGUUUCGGGGUCGGGGUGGCCGUGGGCCGCCGCCCGGUGUUGGCAGCGGGGCCAUGGGGGCUGGGUUUAAGCGACCAUUUGGGGACCGAGAAGGGGGUGGUGGUGGUGGCAUGGGGGGCGGCAUGGGGCCAGGGCGCGGCGGUUUCAUGGGACCCAUGAAGCGGAUACGAGUAUUGCAGUUUGCAGCCGCGCAUGUGAUGCGGCAUGCCCAUCGGAGCGUGCUGAAGUAGGGAGAAGUAGGGAGUGCGUAUAUACGCUCAGCUGCUGCUCCCCGGGGUCACAGGGCGGCGGUUUGUCCAACGUGUGCUGUUGGAGCGGUGCGCUUCCACGUAGCGUGUGCAUAGCGUAUGCUUAUGGCGUGUGUCUGGAGGGAGGGUUGUAAAGGAGGAGUUGU